UUGUAUUAACAACUUAGUUCACAUUUUUUAAAUUUUGUCAGUUUCUUUACACAAUACAAGGUAGCAACAAUUGCACAUUAAUUCUCUGUCGUACUGAAAAUCUUUUUUUAAAUUAUAUUUCUGGAAAUUCCGAAAAACGCAGCUCACAAAUAUUCUUCCAUAAUUCAAUGUACUUGCUGCGCCGGCAGCCUAGGCUGCAUCAAAAGGGAUUUCAAUUAAUACUGUGCCUCCAGGAUGUGUCCAAAUCCUUUUCCUAUCUUACGACGGCUAUGUCCACAGAACCGAUUCCCGGAUCAAGGAUGGUUGCCACCAUAUCCACCGCCAUAUCCAUGGUACCCCAAUCAUUAUCCUGGCUGGGAGGAUCAAGAAAACAAGAAGAAUCGGGCACAGGAGGAAAAGCCCGAAGAAGAGUCUACUCCACAGGACGAGGAGCAGAAGGAGGAGGAGCAGGAGGAGCAAAAGGAGGAGCAGAAGGAGGACCAAAAGGAGGAAGACCAGCCGGAACCUCAAAAUCAGAACCAGGAGGAACUGCAGGUGGAACAGCCCCCCCAACAGGUGCAGGAAGAAAGGCAGGAGGAGCCGCCGCCGCCGCCGCCGCCGAUUCAGGAAGAAAGGCAGGAGGAGCCUUCGCCGCCGCCGCCGAUUCAGGAAGAAAGGCAGGAGGAGCCAUCGCCGCCGCCGAAUCAGGAGGACUAACUUCGGGAAAGCCACCUUCAGCAAACACUCCACCAAAACCCCCUUCAGAACCCACCAAGAAACCGCCACCACCUCCUCCCUCUGAGAAAAAACCACGAAUGAAGAAUUUCGACAUAUACCGCUGGAAGCCUGGUGAUCAGCCACAUACGCAGACCUUCUCCGUGGAUAUCGCACAAUGUGGUCCCAUGGUUUUGGAUGCUUUAAUCAAAAUCAAGAACGAAAUGGAUCAAACCCUCACCUUUCGGAGAUCAUGUCGCGAGGGAAUCUGUGGAUCAUGUGCGAUGAACAUCAAUGGUACCAAUUCACUUGCCUGCAUCACUUCAAUUGAUACAAACGAGGGCGCUACCUGUCGCAUCUAUCCUUUGCCGCAUCUGUAUGUUGUUCGGGAUCUGGUUCCUGACAUGAGCCACUUCUAUGCCCAGUACACCGCCAUCCAGCCGUGGUUGCAGCGUAAAAACAAGAAGCACGAGCCUGGGACGGCACAGUUCCUGCAGUCAAUCGAUGAUCGAACCACUCUGGACGGGCUCUAUGAGUGCAUCCUGUGCGCAUGCUGCCAGACAUCCUGUCCCUCAUACUGGUGGAAUAGUGACAAGUACCUGGGACCAGCGGUCCUUAUGCAGGCCUACCGUUGGGUCAUCGAUUCCAGGGAUGAAGCCACCGCAGAGCGCUUAAAAUACUUAUCUGAUCCAUGGAAGGUGUAUCGCUGUCACACAAUCCUGAACUGCACAAACACCUGUCCGAAGCACUUGAAUCCAGCCAGGGCUAUCGUCCAGCUAAAACAGCUCAUGGCCGGAAUGAAGAAGAAGGGGGAGUCACAGCUCAAAACCGACGCACUGCAUCAGGGCAAGGCGUAGGGACACUCUAGGCUAAGCAAUACAACAAUUAAACGUUGAACUGAUCUGAUCUUGAA